ACCGAAGAAGAAUGGAGCGAUUCGCAUUUGCAUUGAUUAUCGCAAGCUGAAUGAAAUCACGAUCAAAGAUGUUGAGUUCGGUGUCCGAUGGGGAUUUGCAAUGCGCCUGCCACGUUUCRGCGAGCGAUGAACAUAACAUUUCAGAACUUCGUCAACAAGACACGGCUGAUGCAAGGAAUGAUUAACUUCUGCGUAAAUGUGUACAUGGAUGACAUCCUGGUCUAUUCAGAAACCUAUCAUGGGCACGCGCAACACAUUGAAUGGACAUUGGGUGCAUUGAGAGACGCUGGGUUCAAGAUUGCGCUUGAGAAGAGCAAAUUUUUCCUCUCGAAAAUUUCGUUCUUGGGCUAUGUCGUGACACGUGGAGGAUUGCGGCCAGAUUCGAGAAACGUUGCGGCGGUGAAGGAAGCCCCGGUUGCCACGUCACUGACGCAGGUUCGAGCCUGUUUGGGGCUGGCGUCGUACUACCGGCGCUUCAUCAAGGGCUUUACCGCGAUUGCACGACCGCUAACGAACCUGUUACGGAAGGACCAACCUCUCAGUUGGGACGCGGAGUGCCAGCUGGCCUUUGCAACCCUCAAAGACGCUCUGGCAACGGCCCCUAUUUUGAUUCGGCCGGACCCCUCGAAGCAGUUCAUUCUCAUCACGGACUGGCAAACGGAGACUAUUUCCGCUAUUCUAGCACAAAAUGGGAACGAUGGUCGCGAACACGUCAUCGAGUCCGUGUCUCGAACCGUACCGGACGAACGAAGAAACGACUCCGCACCUCAAGGCGAGUGUUAUGCGGUAGUUUGGGGAAUCCAGCACUUCCAUCCAUAUCUCUACAGACAGAAGUUUCGCCUCGUAACGGAUCACGAGCCUCUGCUAGCGCUGAAGAAACUCACCAACUACACGGGCAUGAUUGGCCGUUGGGCGGUGCGACUACAAGAAUACGACUUCGAUAUCGUCCAUCGAAAGAUAGAACGGCAUGGCAACGCGGACGGGCUGACACGUCUGCACCGACCUGUCAAGUCGGCUUGUGUGGAGGGAGCCGCCGAGCGCAUCCCACCGUCGCAGCAGCAGUAUUUGGAUCCCCAGACGGUUCACGAUCCUGCCUUCUUCAGGCAUCCAACGGUGGAGCAGCUUGCUGCCAUUCGAGAGGAGGAAGAGGAGGAAGAGGAGGAAGAAAGCACUAAGAGUAACGAAGGAGAAAACGAGUGGGAAGAAAGUGGGGAAAGCGACGAAGAACUCGGGGAAGAGGACGAAACCCCCGAAGAAGGAAGCUAUAGCGAGCAUAACGAGGGGGAGCAGAGCGAAGAAGAAGAAGAAGACGACGAAGGAGAAGAGGAGAACGAAGAAGGACCUGCGGAAUCGGAGUGGGAAGCUGUGCCGGAAGAAGCGCUGCGCACGGGCAUGGAGGCUGAAGAUCCGGAGGCAGCCCGCAAAAGAGAAGAAACCGCGGCCGAAAAAAGGAAGCUAGAGUUUGCGAGCGGGGCAAGCUUGCACGUCUACGGCGACCCAAACCGAGAUCCGGAGCCGCCCCGACCAGAACAUGGCGACCUCACGGCCAUGACUCCGACCUCAUCAGCAAGGCGACGGAGCCAAUCACCCUCCUCCCCAACCCGUCCCCCAGUUCGCCAACGUACCGAUACGGGCAAUCGGUCUUCGUCCCCAAUCGCUUUCUCGUCGUCCCCUUGAAUACCUCACCCUCCGCCAGCUCACCACCCCCGUUACGUUCCCCUCUAAUC